UUCAAUGAUUUGCCUCCACCCAGUGCGUAUCUCAGUUCGUUCCCGAAUCGGAAUUGGGUCUGCCCAAUGAACCUUGUUGACCCUUGUGAAGGCGGGGGGAUUGAAGAACGGCAAGGAUCAAGCACAGUUCUCACGCUGCAGAAGUGAAUUAGGGCACGGAAGGAGAAUAUUUAGCGUUUUUCAUGAUAAGCCCCGGUGGUAUUUCUGAGCUGUUUGACAUUCUCGCGAAUAAUCCAAAGAUUUUGCGGCCAGCAUUAAGUCACUAUGUUGAAGAGCAGACUUAGUUGUAUCUCCCUCUAGUGAUAAUUCAAUGUAUAAAAGUUGUUUGUCUUACAGGAAAUGGCUAACCACGCUGAUUCACUUAUUCCAUUAGACAUUAAUGCCAAUGAAUGUGAAGUUGAUGUGGCUUAUCAUUCACCAAAGGAACGUGGCCCAGAAAUCCGUGAUUCAGAUGAAAAUGAUGUUGUUCCUACACCCCAAAACGGUAUGAUAUUUGGUUCGGAGGAUGAGGUGAAAUCAUAUUAUACAAAAUAUGCCAACCAAGUAGGUUUCGGCGUCAUGACAAGAACCUCAAGGAAGGGAGCUGAUGGUAAGGUUGGAUAUUUUAUACUUGCAUGUUCCAGAGAAGGAUUUAGAAGAAACAUGAGAAGAAAUCCCAUUAGAAGUGUUCCAUCAAGGAAACAGAAGUGUGAAGCCAGGAUCAAUGUUUCUUUAUGUAAAGAUGGAUUUUACCGUAUUCAAACAGUUACACUUAAUCACAAUCAUGAACUGAGUCCUGGUCAGGUCAACCUUAAUGUUCAUAUUGAUAUGCGAGCUAAAAGAAAACUAGACCCGGAAGAUCAAACUGAAGCACAGAUGAACAAGAGCUUCCGAUCUUCAGCGGUUGGAAAUGGGGUUUAUGAUAAUGUGGCAUUGAGUCCAAAUGAUUGUGGAAACUACAUCCGAACUGGAGGCCGGUUGAUUGGUGUGGAUGGAGAUGGUAAUGCUCUUUAUAAAUAUUUCAUGCGCAUGCAAGAACAAGAUUGCAAUUUCUUCUAUGUGAUUGAUUUAGAUGAUUAUUUAUGCGUGAGGAAUGUUUUCUGGGCUGAUGCUAGGAGUAGAGCUGCGUACAAGUCAUUUGGUGAUGUGGUGACAUUGGAUACAACAUAUCUCUCUGACCAAUACAAAUUACCUCUCGCAUGUUUUGUUGGAGUGAACCAUCAUGGGCAAUCUAUACUUUUUGGUUGUGGAUUGAUGUCAUGCAGGGACACAAAGUCAUUUGUUUGGUUGUUUCAAUCAUGGUUACACUGUAUGUGUGGUGUUUCACCAAAAGGCGUCAUAUCAGAUGAAUGCAAGGCUUUGCAAAAUGCAAUUAAAAUUGUAUUCCCCUUUGCUCGACAUCGUUGGUGUUUAUCGCAUAUAAUGAAAAAAUUUCCUGAAAAGCUAGGUCAACGUGCUGACUACAAGCUGAUAAGUUGUCGUUUAAAAAAUGCUAUAUAUAACUCGCUCACUCCCAAUGAAUUUGAGAUGACUUGGAAAACAACUGUGAAGGAAUUUGGUCUAGAGGACAGUGAAUGGUUAAAUGAGUUGUACCUUGAGCGACAUCGUUGGGUGCCUACCUUUGUAAAGAGUGAAUUUUGGGCUGGAAUGUCUACUAUUCGAUUUGGUGAAAUCAUGCAUCCUUUUUUCGAUGGAUUUGUUGGUUGCCAAAGUACGCUGAAACAAUUUCUUGAUGUAUAUGAUAAUGCAUUGCAAACCAGGGCAGAGAGAGAGUUUGAAGCUGAUUUCCGUUCUUUUUGUAUUACUCUUGCUUGUGCUACUAAGUCUCCAUUUGAGCGGCAGUUUCAGACUGCAUACACUCAUGCAAAGUUCUUGGAGGUUCAGCGAGAAUUUGUUGGAAAGGCUGAUUGUAACAUGGUUGUUGUUCAUGACGAAGGUUCUGUUUGUCGUUAUAAUGUUAUUGAAGAUGUGAUAGUAGAAGGCAAAGCCAAAGAAGCUUCGUUUGGAGUUAUAUUUGACAGGGUAAACUAUGAUGUAAAGUGCGGCUGCCACAUGUUUGAGUUCAAAGGAAUACUUUGUAGGCACUCACUUGCUGUACUGUCCCAAGAGCGAGUUAAAGAGAUUCCAUGUAAGUAUGUUUUGGAUAGAUGGAGAACAAAUCUAAAGAGGAGACAUGCAUAUGUUAGGACCAGUUACAAUGUUAAACAACUCAAACCUCGAAUGGAAAGAUUUGAUUUGUUAUCCAAGCAAUUUGACUCUGUUGCUGAAGUCGCUGCUGAAUUUGAGGAAACAAGUGCUUUUGUAAGUAAUACCCUUUGUGACUUGAAGGAGAAACUGGAAGCAUGGGCAAGCCAUAUGAGAAACUCAUCCGAGGCGGCAGCACCAAUAAGCUGUGCAAUUAACGGUGCUUCUUGAAAUACAAGUAAGAAUACACUCAUUUUAUCGAUUGCAUGCAACGAGGGGAAUAUUUCUUUUACAUGCAUAGUGUUACGGACAAAUGUAAAUGCAAGGAAAGUUGAUCUGCAGCAAAUGUAAAUUUGCAUUGUUUGCAUCCCUAAGAAAGUGCACUUCACGAUGUAAUUAGAGACGCCUAAGAGCUUCCGUUAUGAAAGCCAUUUUUCAUACUA